AAAACAGUAUUCAACCGCUUUACCUCGGUUGCGAAGGUUCUUUUCAUCAAAGCCGGUUCACGGGGGGUAGUGCAAAUGCUGUGACACUUGUCACAACUGUCCAUGCUCUUACACUUUAACCAUGACUUUUUUGUUGAUUAACACGUGCAGUAGUGCUUAGUUCUGUUUUUAAGUUACUUAAUUUUUUAAGUUUAUUUAAAAAAUAAGCUGAAAAUCCUUUUAACUUGCUCCAAAUAAACGGUGGAGUGCUUAUAUGCACUUGAGGAGAUGCAUGUUAUAAUUUAGCAGCAAAAUUAGGCUUGGAAAUCGCGCAUGGAGGUGCACAUAGACUUUGCAUGUCAACAAUUCAAAGCACGACCUCUAGCGGAUCCAAAAGUAGUCUUUUAUAGACUGGUAGCUAAAAAAAGGAAGAUAAACAAUAUUUAGAAGAAAGCGUGACUGUUUGUUGAUGCUUGCACUUUCCUAAUAAUGUCAAAAAAGGCUAAUGCAAUGUUUUUGCUGGCUAUUAUAGAUAAAUAGUUAGCUAUCCCAGAACGAUGUUGUACUUCAUGAUCUGGAGCAAAAUAUUCAACUUGUUGCAAAAGAUGAUGCUGUUCACAAAAUCAAAACUCCACACAUUCCAUUUUUUGGCAGACGAAACAAUGUCAAUGUGCAGAGCCAGCCUGCCUAACCAUAUAAACACAAGUUGAAAACCAGGCCUGCAAAUAUCAACCAAUGGUUAUGUUGCCUUUGGACAUCAAACGUUUAAUGAGUAUACCAGUACAGACUUUCCAAUAAAGCAUAAUAAUCUAACAGUUUCCAUUAUUGCACCAUUUUGGAAUGACUUAGAAUUGAUAAAACCUUCCUCCAAAUUCUAUUACCAAUUGCAUGCAAACGGGACUGUAUUGAGAAGAGCUUCCAAUGAAAUUAGAUUGAGAAUGGGUAAAUCAUUUUACCCAAAUCAUGUGCUUGUUGUAACAUGGUUUAAAAUCAACAGAUAUCAACAUGAAGGGUGCACUUUUACAUUUCAACUGGCACUUGCCUGGGAUGCAUCGACAACAUAUGCCUUUUAUCUAUACAAUACCAUACAAAACACAUUUGGCGAAACUACGGUUGGUUGGCAAGAAGGGCCCACUAAUGGUUUAAACUUUGUUCGAAACACAUACAGUCGUUCUGAUGCAAGACAAAUGGUCUUUUUAACAACUAACUCUAAUGUGAACAAACCAGGAGAAUGGAUAUACAGUAUUGGCGAACGUCUAGGUAACUAUCCAAUAAUACACAUCUUGCCAGUAAUCACUGUCAAAACAUUUCAACAUGGCUUGCGUUUUGAAUGUAUUCUCCAAGACAACAUCACAGAUUUUCGUAGUGUGUAUGAAGUUUCUUGGUAUGCUCAAAACAAAAAGUCACUAAACAAAACUGAUGUGCUAGUCUCUGGACAGGAUCGCUCAACUUUUCAAAACAGUUUAACACUAAACACAAAUGAAGUCAGAUUCAGACUGGGUCAAGAGAUAUACUGCAUUGUUCAGUCAUGGUUCAAUGAUACACCUGCUAUUAAAAGCAGGUAUUAUGAAAGUGCAAAGUUUUUUGCAGGUAUUGAGAUUAAGCCAAAAAAAAUCAUUAUCACGGAAGAUUCAAUCGGAAAAGAAAUCAAACUCACUUUAACUGUCCCAUUAGUGUGUGCAGAUGCAAGCAAAAAAUGCAGUGUUGAAAUAUCAUUUGAACAAGAUAAGGAGGACGUCUUUCUUAGCAGUUGUACUUUUGAUUUUGUUCCAGCUGGAGAACGUUCUAAAAUUUUAAUCAUUUACCCAAAGCAGGAUUUUAUAGAUGAUGGAUUGAAAAAUAUAGCUGUUAAGCCUGUUUUAAGUGGCUUUAAUAAAGUCUUUGAUUGGAAAGGGUACGAAGACCAAACACCAUUGCUGAUCACAACAAACAAUGUUCCAACAGCAUCUUGUUCUUCAAGCGGAGAUCCUUAUAUUAAAACGUUUGAUGGGAUUCGUUAUUCCUUUUUCAGUCCAGGUGAUUUUGUUCUGGUGCAAAGUCUUAAACGCAAUAUGAAGGUUCAUAUCAGAACAUUUGAUUGCUCACAAAGUGUUACGUGCAACUGGAGUGCAGCAGUGGCUGCUCAGGAGAAAGAUGAUGUUGUCGCUAUAGACAUGUGUAACUCAUCGAAACCACACUUUAAAUGGCCAACUGGCCACAAGCCGUCUGACGCAACUACCUUAGAAAGUGUGAAGUCGAAAUAUUUUGAGAUCAAUUUUUCAUCUGGUUUGCGCAUCAAGUUUAAUGUCCAAGAGCGGGCAAAUAGUAAUUCCUUUGCGAAUGUAUAUGUCGAAAUACCGUCUAUCUAUCGAGAUGCAACAUUUGGCUUGUGUGGUUUAUAUGACGGGAAUCUUGCUAAUGACAUGAUGUCAAAAAAUGGAAGCAUUUACAGAGAGCGUGAUCCAGCGAAUUCAAUCUUUGUUUAUUCUUGGAAGUUAAGAAAAAGAACCAGUCUUUUUUUCAAAAAAAGUGGCACUAAAAGAUGUAAGAGAUCCACUGUAACAAAAGAUGAGUAUUUUUGUAUUUGCAAGAGACGUGAUGGUACUGGUGUGAGAUCUAGUUGCGUAUAUGAAAAUACAGCAGUUCAUCCUCAGCUGAACAUGAAAACAGAUCGAAGAAUCAUUAUGUCAGCAGCUUUUGCUAACUGUGCCAGUCGAAAGAAAAGAGCAGUUUCGAAUGUUAUCGUUGUUCCAGACGAAGGUGAUGAUACCAUAUACGAAUAUAAUCCUCCUGAUCGCGAAUUUGUUCUUCCCACCUGGCCCACUAAAAGUGGCAAAACGUUUACUGAAGUGGAACAGUUUUGCAAUGAGAGCAUAUUUAAUUCAACAAUUGGAAAAGUUUGUUCCGUCACUUUGAGAUCGGAUUUUGACGUUGCAGCAUUUCGCAACGAAUGCAUUUCAGACAUUCAGCUAUCAGACUCAUAUGAAUUUGUCAAGUCAGUCAUACACGUAAUGUCAACAUCUUGUGAGGAUGUUGUUCUCAAAAAUGUAAAAAAGUAUUGGGAAAAGACUGACAAUGGGACUUUGGAGCCACCAGCAUUUGUUGCAAACAGCAUAUGUAUGAACGACUGUAGUGGAAAUGGAGAAUGUAUGAACGGAUCAUGUGUUUGCAAUGACGCAUAUGUCGGAAGUGAUUGUUCGAUUUUAAAAGGUUCACCUCCCAUAGUCGUAGAAGCAAAACAUUACUGCGAUACGAGAAAGCAUGAAUGUGAUAUGGUGUCUGUGACAGGAAGAAGUAUAGUCGAUUCUUUAGAUGUCACGUGUACUUUUAUCUUGAAUAAGACUUGGUCAAAUCGUCCUGCAAUUGGAUCACAUUCAAACAUCAAAGGCACGCUGGUUUCGUUUGCUGAGGUUCUGUGUACCUUACCUCUAGCCACAAUAUCUGUGUCAAGCCCAUUAAAGAUUUACGAUUUGUAUUUAUCCCAUGAUGAAGGUAACACUCGCAGCGUGAAGAAAGUAAUGCAUUUUGUCUAUGAUUCAAAAUGUGUUUACUGCACCAAAGACGUGAAUGAGUGCAUGCUGAAGAAUAACACCUGCUUCAUUAACAAUUAUUGCUAUGUUGCAAAUGAAGCCAAUCCGUCUAAUAGUGAUGAAUACUGUAAUCCAAGAAAGGAUGCUUACAACUUUACCAUAGGCUUAAUUAAGCGACUGUUAAUAAAGUUGAACCAGACGAAAAUUUGCAAGCGUUACAACGUAAGUCGCGGAUGUGUGCAUGCCGAAGAAAUGUCGCAGACGCUGGUUGAUAUCCUUAAACAUGGGAAGUUAUUAACGUCAUCAUUUCAAGUACAGCUUGUGUCCGAUAUAAUUUCUGCUAUCAGCAAGGAUGGUAACAUUACGAGAAAGACAUUUUCGAAUACAUUUUAUGUCAUAAACAACUUGUGGAACGCUAAACACGAGGCGAUUCUUAAAACUAACGUGACGUGGAAGAUAACUCAUGCUUUUGAAGAACUGACUAAGAAAAUUUCUGAAGCAUUGAUGGAAAAUAAACAAAACUUAUCCUUAACUGGACAAAAUAUAGCCGUCAGUGCUGCCUUCAUAGAGCGGAAUGCCACAAAUAUCAUUGCUGUGCAAAAAAACGAUGGUGGGCUAAAAGUUAAGAUAUCGAACACUGGAAGCUUGCAAACAAUUAAUGAACACUUUCAAGCUUCAAUUCAUUUGCCAUCAAAAACUUUUUCUUAUAAAGAAAACUUUGUAUAUUCGUUCUCGUAUUUCAAGAAACCGUUUUUUGUUUCAGACGUAAAAAAUUCUUUGAGAGUGUCAAACAGCAGUGUUGUAUUAUAUGUAGCAUUGGCAAAGAAAAAUGUUGAAAAUUUAAAAGUACCAAUUAUUUUAAAAUUCACAUCUAUUAGAAAGAAUGGUGCUUACGAAAUUUGUGCAUUAUGGAAAACAUAUAAAGAGUCGAGUGGUAUGAAAAGUCAUUGGUCCACAGAAGGUUGCGUAAAAGUGUCUUCUGAACCAAAUUUGAUCACAUGCAAAUGUCAGCAAUUGGGAUACUAUGCUUUAGUCCUGAAAAAAACUUUCAAAGCUUCAAGAAAGCUAUUAAAACUUGGACUGGUCACUUGGAUUGGUUGUGGAAUUGCAAUCAUGUUCAUUGCAAUCACUGUAACUUUAUUGUUGGUUUUCAGAAAAUCUUUGCAGAAACAAGAUACGAGAUUCAUGCUUUGUAUCUGUUUGUCUCUUGUCUGUUUACUGCUGGUGUUUGUGUCGGGAGUCAGUGACACGUCAUCGUCAGCAUGCCGUACAGUAGCCGCAUUUCUGCAGUAUUUUACUUUAACGACGUUUUGCUGGGUAUUUCUAUAUGCGUUGUGGACGUCCCAGAGGCUCGGAUCCCAGAGACUCGGAUCUGCUCAAUCUGAAAAAGGAAUUUCGUUACUCAUGAAAAAUGCUCUGUUUGCUUUCGGAGUUCCUUUACUCAUCGUGGCUAUAUCUCCAAAUGCAGCGCCCUGGUUUUAUGGAAGCCAAGACUUUUGUGUUGUACAUGGUACACCAUUUUAUAUUGGAGUUCUCGCGCCAGUCAUCGCACUUAUAAUUGGCAGUAUUGCGACACUAUCCCGUGCUGGUUUUGCUAUCCAUAAAUCCUCAAGAAUGGAACAGGAAAACGAGGAGAUUUUACUGCGGCUGAAAAAUGCACUUGUUCUUUUUACCUUGUAUGGCGUUACUUGGUUGAGUGGUACCCUUGCGGUUUGGUUUGCAACACAAAUAUCGGAAUGGAUUUUUUGCAUAUCAGCUUCCGUUCUCGGUUGUUUUGUCUUUGCCGUUUGUGUCGUUAAAAAUAAAGAUGUUCGAUUUCGUUUUUCAACAUGGACACCAAAUCGUUUGUUUGCCAAAGAAGAACUGCCACUGGAUACAGAACUGAUAAGAGUAAAAAUGCUCCCUCAAGACUAGCCGUGGUGGAGAGGACUAUUCUUGCUAAAAAAACAGUGGAGUUUUAACAUUGUGGCUUAUUUUAAUAUUUAGUAUUUUAGUAAAUACAGUAAAACGGACGUCCUAUGAAGCGGACACAUCCAUAAAAGUACAGUUUGAUUUGUCCCCGACAAUUCUUAUAGAAACUUUCGUAGCAAAAACUUUUAAGCAGGCACUUCUACAAGACGGAGACUUUUUAAGUUAGAAUUUCAUGCAGGACUAGUAGAUUUCCCUUUUUUUAGCCAGUCAAACCCCUACUUUUGAACCACCAACUAAGUUUGCUGGGGACUUCCAAUUCCCGAUCUCUAAAAACGAAGCGUUUUUAGAAGGUAUAGAUAAAUAGGAAAUAUUAUCUUACAAACGAUUCCAUACCCUUGUUGUUCGGGCAACAGGGAGAGCAAAGUAUAAAAACAAGGCUAAUAUUAAAGUGAGAUGAUGAUAAAUUUUCACGUCUAACCGUUGCAAAGUGUACACGAUGGAAAAUUUUUCAAUUACCUAAACAUGCGUAUGCCCAGAAAAAUUUUUGUUCCUGUCCGUUCUGUUUUGCGGAAAACUUUCUUAAAGUGGAAAACUGUCUUUCCGUCCCCCAAUUGUCCUGGUAGUUCCAAUGCAGUCUUUUAAGCAUAUCUUUAUGUAAAUAUUUUCUAAAGGUUGUAUAAAAAGCAUAUGUGAGUUUCUCACAUAAAACAUAACUUGAGGUGGUUGUGCUUAUAUAUAUUUCAUAUAACUGUUAAUAUUAAAACAUUGUAGAA